AUGGAUGUUACUAUAUGUACAGAUUUCGCCGAUGAGGCUCAAAGUCACCUUAGUCUUGCUGUAGCGCUUAUUAGUUCACGGCUCACCAGCACGAUCAAUGGUUGGAUGCUGGUUAUUGUGUCACAGGAAUUCAUGAAACACGCUUCAAACAUAGCCAGACCACCAAACGAGGAAAUAACUCACGACAACUUCAAACUCCUUACAGAAGACCGCGAUAUACUCACUCCUGAGCUAUGGGUGAAUCUAAUGGAGCGUGAAGACCUUGACAACCUCCAACUGCUGUUGGUUCGAGAUAGGAAAGGCUUACAUGAGUCAGACGACUCUAGUGUUGAGAACAGCACAGGGGGAACGCACCGGAGUAACCAGAGAGUAUUCAAACAUGGAAGCAAUAUCAUAGGCAAGGUCGUGAACGAUGUACAGAAUGUCAUUCCAUCUAAGCAUUACAUUAUCGAUUCCUCUUCGGAAACCGAAGAUUCUGGGGCCGAAGGGGCAGAUCAAGUGCAACGAAAAACGACAGAGAAGCUCCCGGGAGCCAACGAGAACGAGGCGUUCAUUUCGCUGACGACAUCCAAGUUUGUGGAAGCAAGGGACAACAUCGAGAGCGCGGGUUCCCUCAGCCCUCCGCCGCCUGCUAGUGCGCCGUCGAUCAUUCAUCCAUUCUUCAAAUGGAAUGUGGUUUCAUAUAGCACUAGUCGUAAGCAGCAGCUUGUCCAGCAGGAGGAUGUGGCAGUGCUCCCGCUUGCGUCCUUACCGAAACAUGCACAACAGCAACCUUUGUCUCGCCCUCGACAACGACUAUCACAACCUGUGUCCCAACACCCACUUGCGCGGGAGUCUACUCGUCCUGUGAGUUUGGCACGCCGAACAACCAAUGCUGCUCGGGCUACUGUGCUGCUAACAAAUGCCGAUCGACGGAUGAUGAUUGGCCGCUUUGUAGUGAAGAUAAUGGUCCCUGCGUUGUCGAUCAACACUGCUGUUAUGGGAAUUCCUGCAUAA